CCAGCUAGAAAAGAAGCGUGUGUCACUUCUCCCAGAUCAUUCCGGAAGUUCGCGCCGAUCGCACGAGGACCCGACACUGUCACGGUGGAGCGCCGGUAGACGCCCGACUCGCAUCCAAUUCAGUUCUUAAGAGAACUUAAUAUUGCUGAAGAAAUUACCAGUAAAAGAAGUCAAGAUUCUGAAAUCAAGAUUCAGUGGACCUCAUGCGUCCAGGUUAAGUGUGGCACCUAGAGACAUGGAAAUGAAGGCUGAAGGUUCACGGACUUCCUCUCUUCCCGUGGACGGUGGAUCCAUCACCAGGCCGCUCACAGAGAGUGCUAACUGCGCGGCCUGCCAGAAACCCAUCCGGGAACGGUAUUUGCUGAAAGCCCUUGAUCAGUUCUGGCACGAAGACUGCCUCAAGUGCGCCUGCUGCGACUGCCGUCUGGGGGAAGUUGGAUCCACACUUUUCACUAAAGCCAAUCUCAUACUCUGCAAAAGAGACUACCUCAGGUUAUUCGGCACAACGGGACUUUGUUCUGCGUGCAAUAAAACGAUCCCAGCAUUCGAAAUGGUGAUGCGAGCCAGGGGAAAUGUCUAUCACUUAGAAUGUUUCGCCUGCCAACAGUGCAAUCACAGGUUUUGCGUUGGAGAUCGUUUCUAUCUGCACGAAAACAAGAUUCUUUGCGAAUAUGACUACGAGGAGAGGAUGGUUUUUGCAAACCUUCCCUACAACAUUAACAGCAUCUCCCUCAUCAAGCGCCAGACCCAGCAUCUCCAGCUGCAACAGCAGCAACAACACCCCCAGCACCAUCCCCAACAACCACAGCAGCAGCAUGAUGACAGGUCUAGUGGUUAUGGCAGCACAGAUUCUGUUUUCGAUGCCAAGUGACGCCAAGCCUUUGCGGCACAGCAAGGGCCUGCGCCGCAGUCGCACUGAUUCAACAGAAUCUUCGGAGGAAAUGGCAUUGUGAGGUGUUCUAAGGCUGUUAGAUGUUGCACUUGUUUGUUUCUUUCUCGGAGGUUAUGAGUAUGGAGGAAAUCCAGUUGUUAGAACUUAAUAUUAUCACAUGCCUGGAUGAACUUAGAACCGUUUUGGAUUUCAAUCUCAGUUUCAAAACUGGUCAGUCAACACAGAUAUUGACUUAAGACAAUGGAUGUGCUAUUUGAUUGGUCGGUUCUAUAACCAAAUAAGAGGUUAUAUAUGAUAUAGUUAUGUAUAUUUGUACAUAAGAAAUCGUUACUGUUUUAAAACUCUUUUAUGUUCAAAGAAACAGAAAUGAAAGAUAUUAUCUAA